GCGUGGGUAUAAAGGGCCAGCGGACAGUGUCCAGGCACAAGACUGCGCGGCCAGGACCAGGCGACAGGACUCUCCUGGCAGGAGCCUUGGGACUCACCAUCCAGAAGCCAUGCUGCGAUGGCUGACUCUCGCCCUGCUGUGGAGCACCACCUGCCGGGCGGCACAGAUGUACGGGGAAGGAGGAGGCAAACAUUUCAGCACCUCCAGUGACUGUGAAAUCACCGGAGUCCGGGUGGCCGUGGGUCUCCUGGGCCUGGUGAAGAGUAUCCAGGUGAGGUGUGGCGUCUCCUGGAGCGCCGUGUUUGGCACCCCAGGUGGGACUACCCAGGAAUUCCUCCUGCAGCCAGGAGAACACAUCGAUUUGAUCUACGGCUCCUACAGGAUGUUUAUCCGAUACCUGGUCAUAUUCACAGAUCAAGGGCACUAUGCCACGUUUGGGAAGGAAGAUGGCAACACCUUCACCGUCUUCCCCAACAAGCAGGGGAAGGUGCUCACGGGAAUCUGUGGCCAGCAUAAGCCUUUAGGCCUUUCGGGCCUCUGCUUUGAGUGGGGCUAUCCUCUGGAGGAGGACUGGACCACUGUACAGCCAACUAGCCAGUAGGCACAGGGAGGGCUCCGCAUGAGCCAAGGGGCUGAGAACAGCUGAGUCUGGACCUCACACUGGAAUCUGCCAACAA